UUAAAUGUAGGCUACGCGAUAGGAUUAGCAUGUAUCCCUUAGCAAAGCUUUUUGCAAGUAUUAUUACUACGACGCAGGGGGGAGACAACGGUCCAUUGAACAGACAAUAGCCCAUACUAGAGGCCUAUGUAGAAAAUCGUUGUACCUGGUAGCAAAUGCUUCUUCUUCGCAAGAAGUUUCAGCAAAUUGCAAGACAUUGUAGGUUACAGACCACUCCAGUUUGCCGAUACAUUAGUUCCUGGACAGAAUUAGGAAUCAUGGGAACCGUGUUCCUCCCCGCUCAGACGGCUCACUCCCUGUUGAGGAGGCUCCGCAGGGCGAACAGCCUCCUGGAGGAGAUCAAACAGGGGAACAUCCAGAGGGAGUGCUGGGAGGAGAGCUGCAGCUAUGAGGAGGCGCGAGAGGCGUUCGAAAACGAUGAGAAAACUAGGCGGUUCUGGGAGGAGUACGUACGGGAGAAAAGCCAGGGCGGUCCUGGGGGCCUGGAUUCCGGCAUGGGACAGUUCCCGUCGCUCUACCUGAUCCUCCCCCUGGUGGUGGGACUGCUUCUCAUCGGCGUGGUGAUGGUUGCCGUGUGGAGGUGCCACUCGCACAAGCUCUUCCAGCGCAGCUCGGGCUUCGGCCACGGCGGCCGCGGCGGCCACGACCCCAGCCCCGCCUUCGUGUCCAUGGACCGGCAGGGGCGGAGCUACCGCCCCGACGCCGGCACGCCCUCCGAGCUCAGCGCCCAGAACAGCCCCGUGCACCCGGGCUCCGACCUCGCCCCCGGCCGGGUCAGCAGGGGGGAUCCGCCCCCCUCCUACGAGGAGGCCGUGGGUCACACGGACCCGCCCCCUCAGUACGAGGAAAUUAUCAACACCAGCUCCACCCGGGUGAUUAUGGGACAUGGGAAAUGAGCCUCCUCUCCACCAGCAAGUCCCCACCUCCUCCCCCUCUAUUCCUGCAGCAACCCCGCCCAUCCCUCAGGCUCCGCCCUCCCUGACUACCAUUGUGAGCUGAUUCUGUGGAGGAGUGAAAGAAUGGAACAGAGGGGGAACACACAAACACGUUAAGGUUUCGGGACAGCGGAGUGCGAUGAAUGGAAGAGGCACCAGACCUGCUGACCGUCAUUUGUGACGUUUGUGAGCUGGAACACUAAGCCAGUAGGACACUGACCCACCAGAACACUAAGCCAAUAGGACACUGACCCACCGGAACACUAAGCCAGUAGGACACUGACCCACCGGAACACUAAGCCAGUAGGACACUGACCCACCGGAACACUAAGCCAGUAGGACACUGACCCACCGGAACACUAAGCCAGUAGGACACUGACCCAAAAGGAACACUAAGCCAAUAGGACACUGACCCACAGGAGCACUAAACCAAUAGGACACUGACCCACAGGAGCACUAAACCAAUAGGACACUGACCCACAGGAACACUAAGCCAAUAGGACACUGACCCACAGGAGCACUAAACCAAUAGGACACUGACCCACAGGAGCACUAAGCCAAUAGGACACUGACCCACAGGAGCACUAAGCCAAUGGGACACUGACCCACAGGAACACUAAACCAAUAGGAUACUAACUCACAGGAACAAUAAACCAAUAGGAUACUAACUCACAGGAACACUAAACCAAUAGGACACUAACUCACAGGAACAAUAAACCAAUAGGAUACUAACUCACAGGAACACUAAACCAAUAGGACACUAACUCACGGGAACAAUAAACCAAUAGGAUACUAACUCACAGGAACACUAAACCAAUAGGACACUAACUCACAGGAACAAUAAACCAAUAGGAUACUGACCCACAGGAACACUAAACCAAUAGGAUACUAACCCACAUGACACAGCCAGCUUAUACCAGCUCUCUGCAGGUGGUGGAUAAAAAACGAGCCUGCAACAGAAUGAAGGAAUUGCCUUUAAAAGGGUUUGGCAUCAGAUUACCACCAGCACCACAGGCAUGGAGUCUGUAAAGAGUCUGGAACUUUUCUACAGGAGUAUGACAUCAUUCUUCUAGAUUUCCUCAAGGAUUUAAUGUUAGCGUGCAUUAGACCCCACUGCAACAUCGCAGUCUCAACAAGCCCCAUCCAGCUUCUCACUUAACAGCAGACCUGCUGAAUGUCUCUUCUGUUGCAGGAUUGGUUUCGUGACAAAUUACUCAUUCAUAGCUUUCAAAUUCCUUCUUUUGUACAAAACAGAAGGUCUUAGGACGUCUUGUGGAAUAUUAACACGGGUUGUUGAAUAUUUAACGCAGGUUUCAGGAAACAAACCCAGCUUGGCAAAUCUUGUUUUCACACGCCGAUUUGGUUAGAAAUGUAAAACAUGUAGCGACUUAUUUGCAAGGUCAGAGCUUCCAGAAGUUGACCUAGCGUACAUGCUAAUGCUGUGAAGGCUAUGUACUUGUGCUGAAGAGAAGUUGUUUGUAUGCGUGUGAUCGUUUGCUUGUUUGUUUGUGUGCGCAUGCGUGUGUGUGUGUGUGUGAGAGAGAGAGAGUGUGAAGUUUGUGCUCUGAAAUCCCCCUCCUUGUGUGACGUUGUGGCUGACUGCGCAGUGCUCUGUGGAGCCGUUUGUCACAGUUGUCACCGUCAUGAUCAGGGUUGAAUUCCAGGUAGUGACACGUUUCCCGGCAGUGGUGGGCUUUAGUUUUGGCAGAGGCAGGAACUGCAGUUAAGCCUCUCCUGUCAGCUCCACAAAUAGCCAAUAGUCUAGCGGUGCUGUUUUUAUCGGGCAUAGGAAGAUUUAUAUGGAAUUUGUGACUGAACUGCUAGUUCUGACUCAUCAGAAACUACAAUGUGGUCUCCACCAGCAAGCGUACUAGUGCUCCAUACUCAAGACGCAGAUCUAUUUCUAGGGAUAGGUCACUUUCUGGGGUUUUUGGAUAGGCUAUUAUUUCUGUUUUAUUGUAUAUCUAACAUAUUGACAGUUUGAGUGUGCAGUGAAGGAUAAUUUGGGUAUUUAAAAAAGUUUCUGAUGACUUACCAGCUUUACACAGGCUGGUAUUGGGGUCAUUCAGGAGUUUGUGGUCUAAAGCAAGAAAAUUCACUUCAGGUAACUAAAGCAAGCUUGUACUUUGGCUAGAACUAAAAUAUUUUUUUAAACCCAGAAUGUGAACUAUCCCUUUCAGAGCUGUGUUACAUUACAUUAGAGGCAUUUAGCAGACGCUCUUAUACAGAGCGACUUACACAACUUUUACAUGGCAUUUACAUUGCAUCCAUGUGUGUAACACACACUAGGUGUGUGUCCCUUUUCAUGCCAGCCUUGUCAUCUUGAUAGUUUUUUAAAAAAAUUUUUUAUUAAAUUACUUGUAAAUAACUUCUUUUUUUUUCUUUGUACAUAUGUUACAUGGACUACUUCGUAAGGUUUGAACCCUACAUGAUGGAAUUAUGUCCUGAUCCUUGUUUUACAUGAAUAAAUGAAAUAUUAAAUUUAAUGUUAAAAUAUUAAUGCAGCUCCAGGAUUACCUCAGCAGAUAUUCAUUCUGAAACUAAAGCUUUAAGAAUAAAAUUAGCAUAUUAUCAUAACAGAAUAGUAAAGUAAGCUUUGAGCAGGAAGAUAUGGACAGCUGUAACAGAGUAGAUAUGAUAGCACUAGGAUUGCAGAUGUGAUGCGAUUACUACAGCCCAGACUUUAUGAAGGAAUAAAAAGGAAUAAAAACCAGAAUGAAUUGCUGAUAAUGAGGCUCCAGCUGCAGUAAUGAUCUGUGAACUGUAUUUACACACGUAUGUGUGUGUAAUUGACCUGCGAAUUGAAUGUGCACAUAGAUAUACGUGUAAUGACUUUUGGUCUGUGUAUAUAGACAUGAUGAUGCGUGUAACUGCUUAUGAAUUGUUUGUACACUUGUAUAUGUUUAAUGACCUGACGACUGUGUACAGGGUGAAGCAACAUCUGCUCUACUCCUUCCUACCGUCAAUAAUACAGAAUGAAGGACACAAAAUUUUUUUUAAAUACAAUAAAUUAAGCCAAUCGAUGUUAAACACAAUGCAAACUGCUUACAUUGUUAGGUUCACUGUCAAGAUAUGUUCUGGUCCUUCCUACACGUGUAAAGUUAUUUUUGAACUAUGAGGAGGAGUAUAGUGGCCUUUGCCUCACCCUGCUGAAUACGCAUUACUUGUGUGUGUGUCCUGACCUCACAGACUGCAUAUGAUGAUGUGAUUAAUGACCUCACUCUCAGUCUUCCGCACACAGAGUGAACCUUCCCCAGUUUCAGCGCUGACUGGAAAUGCGUGAAUCUGUUAAGCGGUGGGAUAGCGGAGGACUAACCGGGUCCCUGUCCCACCGCCCCCUCCACAAGCGUAAGACCAAUGGACUGUGAUGAAGGGAUUGUUGGACAGGGCAGUUCUCAGUCAGGCCUGUGAAUGAGAGGGAAGGGAUAGGCUGGUGGUUCCUGGUGGAGUGGCACUACGCACUUCCUGUUUCCUGUUUAUACGGCCAUAGAGCUGGCCGUGCCCUCCGGUGCUCGGUCAGAACUGACCCGACAGCACCGCUGCCGCCAAAACGUCACCAGCGCCUCAGGCUGAGAAGCAGAGGGGGGCUCGGCGGUGGGGCUCCUCACUGGCCCCGCCCACCCCAGAGGCUGUGCCGAUCCACCAAUGACAGGCCAUGUAAGUAGUCUGGCCUGGUGGAUUAAACACAGCCCUGAUUGGUUCAGGGAUCUCCUUCAUACUGCAUUACACUCUACACAAGUGAGGAAGUGCCUUAUGUCACCAAAACAUUUAAUGUACAUAUAAAUACUAAAAUGUAUAUUAACACGUGCAGUGCAGUCCAUGAAUCAAUUUGUAAUAAAAGUUGUUAAUAAAAAAUAAAAAAACAAAGCUGUGUGUUCGUACACUUGCAA